GUGCAUCAGCUGCGUGGUCUCGCGUGAAUAAUCAAGCUCGAUAAGUCGAAUGUGCCCGCUCGUGGCUCUACUCUCACCUGCGCUUUCGGGCAAAUCCAAUGCUUUUCUUAUCUCCUAUGUAACAUUUCUUUCGCCACUGUCGUUCGUGCGAUUAUAAAGCACAUCUGCACCCUGCCAGACAGCGUCAUCGCCAAUGUUGUAAGAUAGCUCGCAUUCAAUUGAGAACAUCAAGAAGGAUAAGCACGAGCCGGCUUGUUCAAUUUUAAUUAAUCCACAGCUUAAUCCUUCGUCAUCUUAGGAUUGCAAGAUGAAAAGGGAGCACAAGCGAAUCCGAAAGUGAGAUGGAGACGAAAAAAAAGACGAAAAGCUGACAGUACGAAAAUGCGUUCAACUACAGCAACCAAGAAAAGCCAUCCACGCUUGCUUCCAUACAAUAUGCACGUUCAAAAAUACGGCGAUACGAAAGGACAACUUGAAAAUUUUCAUUAAACGGCUAGAUAUGCAUACUGCGAUAGUCUAUAGUAAAUGUAUGUGACAUAAGGAAAGUAACGAUAUGGACUUGGAGAAUGUGAAAACGCUGACGAGUGUUCCAACCGAAGAUUGGCGCGAUGAGAGCCUUGCUGUCUGGGAAGUUGGUGUCCUCGGAAUCAUCCUUGUAGUUACUCUUAUGGGCAAUGCCCUCGUCUUAUUUGCUAUCUAUCUACGACGCUGCCGUGGAAGAAGACAACGGCUAACUCGUAUGCAUUUUUUCGUAAUGCAUCUCAGUACCGCAGAUCUCGUCACUGGACUGCUUAAUGUUCUGCCACAGCUCGCAUGGGAUAUUACUUUUAGGUUCAAAGGUGGAUCAAUACUCUGUAAGCUCAUUAAAUACGGCCAACCAUUGGGUCCCUACCUGAGCUCUUACAUUUUAAUUGCUACAGCUAUUGAUAGAUAUCACGCAAUUUGUUACCCAUUAAGCUACUGCAGGACGACUUCACGAAGGUCGAGGCUCACUGUAUAUUGUGCUUGGACAUUAGCUCUCCUCUUUUGUCUUCCUCAAGUGUUCAUCUUCUCGUUUAAAGAAAUCUCCACGGGUGUAUGGGACUGCUGGGCAACAUUUAUCGAACCCUACGGAUUGAAGGCAUACGUCACUUGGUACAGCAUAACCGUGUUUCUGUUACCGUUCUGUGUGCUCACCUUCACGUACACAGAAAUCUGCUUGAGUAUCUGGCGCAACCGCGAGGUUUCCCUAUUGGCAGGUAUGGAGAGGCACCAGGCAUUGUCGAAUCAAGCACACAAUCAAAACUCAUUCAUCUCCAAAGCCAAAAUCAACACGGUUAAGCAGACUUUAGCAGUGGUUAUACUUUACACGGCAUCGAGUGUACCUUUCGUCGGCUGUCAAUUGUGGGCAAGCUGGGAUCCAGCAGCUGAAAAUUCCUCUUUUCUCAAUGGCCCGAUUUUCACGAUCCUAUCGUUACUCAGCAGUCUGACAAGUUGCGUGAACCCUUGGAUCUACCUAACAUUCAGCUACGAGCUGCGCGUCACGCUCACCAAAUUCCUACGUAGCUUGAUAAAAAGGGAUCGUUCGUCGAGCUUUGAGCGAGUCUCGAGUAACCUCAACUCGAACGAGACGAAAUCCUCCAAGCGCUCAUCUCUGAUUCCGCGAAUGUCUCGCUACACGAGCUUUAUCAUUUAUCGUUCUAAUACUAAUGAGAGAAAUGAUAAAUGAUAAAUAUUUAGUCAAUGAGGGGGGAGAGUCUUAAGUCACUUUUAAGUACAAUUUUUUUAUAUCGUGAUAUUUAAUUUAUGUUUGAUAUUUCUUAAGUUAUGUAUUGUUGGAAUAAAUAUUAUUUUUCUAAAUAAAAAAAUCAAAA